CAUAACCUGCUCCCGAGCAGGUUAGGUGUGGAGUAUAAGUAACCACGGCGAUUGAACCCGGUAACAACUGUUGCACCUUCGUGAUACAGAAACCCCUGGGUUGAACCUGAAGUUACCUCGCUAACGCCAAAUCUUGCAUCGUAGUACAGGGUUUGUUUAGCUUCUACUGCUGCGUUUACAUAUAUCCACACAACUAUAGGCUACCCAGUGAUCACACUGAACGCCGACAUUUUUCCAGCAAGGCUGAAGUUUUGUUUUUGAAGGCGCCGAACUUUAACGUAGGGGAGAGACGGGACAGUUGAACUUACAACUUUUUAAUUAAACGUAAUUUACAAAGCGCUCGUAUCGCACUGAAAGUUAAUAUUUUGUCAUUAGCAACCUACACCUGUCAUCUGUUAACAGUGUGUACAGUUGCAUUUUCAGCUUUGAACAAAACCGUUCAGGAACUAUUACAGCAAAAGUGGGACGUGCGACUCCGAUACAUUAUCCUAAAGUGACUGUGGUCUGCAUAAAUAAUUUGUUGGAUUAGCUAACUGAGACUUAUUUGUUAUUUUUAUUUUUUAUCUGCACCUGCUUUGAACAGUGCGCUAAUGGAGCAGGAAGCGGUGUCACAAGACCAGGCUGAUGGUGCACAGGGAGGAGCGCCGCUCUGCUGUAACAGCAGCACAGAUGCUUGUUGUCAUGGAGGAGCAAAGAUGGCGGUCCUGGCCUAUAGCCUGGGCAAACGCGAAAUAAAUCAACAUUUUACCAUAAAAAAUACCAAAUUGAUAUCGAUAGUAGUCGUCAUUGUACUCCUCGUGUUUCACACAGCUUCGCGGUACUAUGGAGGCGGAGACUCAUGUGAAUGGCUGCUGUCCAGAGGACGUUACUUGGGGGAGAACGUAUGGCAGCCGUAUGGCUGCAUGAUGCACAAAUACAAAAGCAUUGAAGCCAAAACUUGCCUUGCUGAAAAGCGAGUGGCCUUUGUCGGUGAUUCACGAAUCAGGCAGCUAUUUUACUCCUUCAUCAAAAUUAUUGACCCUGAGCGAAGAGAGGAUGGAAACAAGCACGAGGACAUUCCCUUUAAAGAUGAGAGUUCCUCUGUUAAUGUGGACUUCCUGUGGUAUCCAGAGGCAAAUAAUUCAAUGAAGGAGCGCUUAAUGUCAUGGACACACGAAGGUUCAGCAAAGCCAGAUAUUGUCAUCCUUGGAGCUGCAACAUGGUCCAUCAAGUUGCACAGUGGCAGCAGCGAGACGCUGCAGCAGUACAAAGCCAACCUGACGGCCAUUGCCAUGCACCUGGAGAAGUUGACUGACCAUGGAGAAGUCUACUGGGUCCUGCAAGACCCAGUAAAUGAGGAGGUGUUGAGUGAGAACAGGAAGAUGAUCACCAACCAACAGCUGGAGCUGUACAAUGAAGCGGCUGUGGACGUGCUCAACAGCAGCAAGCGUAACAGCAGGUCCCGGGUCAAGCUGUUGGCUGCGUCCAGACAGGCUGCACUGGAAACCAUCACCCAGUCAGACGACGGCUUGCACCUGCCUGAGAGCACCAGGAAUGUGGGAGCCAUGAUCCUCAUGAACUCUGUGUGCAACGAGCUACUGAGGCCCAUUGACGGCUCCUGCUGCCAGACGUUGCCACCCCCAAACCUCCUGCAGAAACUGUCAGCGUGUUUCUUCCUGGGCUCGGCCCUGGUCUUGCUGGUCCUCCAUGUCCUUGGCAACAACCGUCACCGCCGACCUGUGCCCUCAGACGUGGAGAGCCUAGAGGAGAAGAAGCCAGCAACUGCAGCUGCCCCCCUGGGUCUGAAGGCGCCGUUUCAGGCCCUUUGCAGGAUGGGCCUCAUCAUGAGCUAUUUUUACCUUUGUGACAGAGCAGAUGUGUUCAUGAAAGAGCAGAAGUUCUACACUCACUCCACGUUCUUCAUCCCUUUCAUCUAUAUAUUUGUCCUGGGAGUGUUCUACAAUGAGAACAGCAAGGAGACUAAAUUACUCAACCGAGAGCAAACUGACGAGUGGAAAGGCUGGAUGCAGUUGGUCAUCCUCAUCUAUCACAUAUCUGGAGCCAGCGCCUUCAUUCCAGUGUACAUGCAUGUGCGGGUGCUGGUGGCAGCGUACCUUUUUCAGACUGGCUAUGGACACUUUUCCUUUUUUUGGCUCAAAGGAGACUUUGGAUUGUAUAGAGUGUGCCAGGUGCUUUUUCGUCUAAACUUCCUGGUCUUGGUGCUGUGCGUGGUAAUGAACAGACCCUACCAGUUCUAUUACUUUGUCCCAUUGGUCACCUUCUGGUUUGUCGUCAUCUACGUAACACUGGCCAUGUGGCCUCAGAUCCUUCAGAAGAAGGCUAACAGUAGUGGCUUGUGGCACCUCGGGGUCUUGGCCAAGUUACUGGGCCUCCUGCUGUUCAUCUGCGUCUUUGCCUUUUCACAGGGUUUCUUUGAGCGCAUCUUCUCUGUGUGGCCCAUCUCCAAGCUCUUUGAGCUGGACGGAAGCGUCCAUGAGUGGUGGUUCAGAUGGAAGCUAGACCGAUUUGCAGUGAUACACGGCAUGUUAUUUGCCUUCAUCUAUCUGGUGCUUCAGAAGUGCCAGGUGCUGUCAGAGGGCAAGGGAGAGGCUCUCUUCUCUGCCAAGAUUUCCAACCUGCUCCUCUUCCUCUCCGUCGUCUCCUUCAUAACAUACUCAAUAUGGGCCAGCAGCUGCAAAACCAAAACCGAGUGCAAUGAGAUGCAUCCUUACAUCUCUGUUGUCCAGAUUUUGGCCUUCAUUCUCAUCAGGAACAUUCCUGGCUACGCCCGCUCCAUUUAUAGCUCAUUCUUUGCAUGGUUCGGAAAGAUCUCCUUGGAGCUGUUCAUAUGCCAGUACCACAUCUGGCUGGCAGCAGACACCAAGGGAAUUUUGGUCCUGAUCCCAGGAAGCCCUUCACUUAACAUCAUGGUCAGCACCUUAAUCUUUGUUUGUGUGGCUCAUGAGAUUUCCCUCAUCACCAAUGACUUGGCCCAGGUGGUCAUCCCCAAAGACAGCAUGUCCCUGCUGAAGAGACUGGGGGCCGCUGGGCUUUUUAGUCUGGUUGUAUUGCUGCUGGCCAGUGGCAGCCAGCACACACCCGGCGCCUAAUGGACACCUCUUGAUGGGAGGGGGGGGGGGGGCGGUCACAGAAAACCUGCCAAGCCCCUGCUGAGGUUGAAGUGAGGUCCAGAUCUAAGCCAGGAGCAGGCCCAGUGUUUUAGCCUACUGGUGGCCACAGGAGGCGACCUCAGUGGCGUUAAGUGACAACACAGGAAGCUGUGGGAGAACAGUGUCACUCUGCUGGCCAUGUUUGAGUCUUUACUUUUUGACUGUGAAAGUCGCACACUGAAUAUAAGAAAAAAUGCUCCCAAAAAAAGUGGUUGCUUCUUUCAGGGCAAAGUGCAAAUUGCAAGAGAGAGGGGCAAAAAAGAACAACACACUCUUUACGUUAUCUGGAUUCAAUAGAAAAGCAGAGGAGAGAUUUGGAAUUUUAUUUAAAAUGAAAAAAGGCCCUGCUUUUUUUUUUUUUUUUUUUUUUUUUUUUUUUCCAGCGUUGCUACAAUUUAGCCAAACGCACUAAGAAGUUUAUUUUGUCACAUACAGUACUUCCUAUUAUAACUUCACUCUGGAAGGGAUCACUAAGCACACACUCCGUCCACAUGGCAGUUAGCAGUUGAGGGUGUUUUUAAUUCAGGUGGAUCCAUAAUCUACAUAUUCAGAUAUCUAAAAUCAAAUGUUUCAAUAGUGCUGCAUUUUGUUAUCAACAUAACUUUGUACAGUAUUUAAAAAAACUAAACUAGACUAAAGUAGUGUUAGAUAUCUAAAUAUGCAAAAUAUGGACCAACAACAGGCUUGGGCGAUCAAAAAAACUGUUAAGACUAAAAUUUGAAUUUGGAGUGCAAUUGUUAAAAUGUUGGAUUAUCCCUCACCAUAUUUUUGCUAAUGUUUUUGUGAGCGAUUUUUAGAAAUGUUUGCCUUGUGCUGAAAGAUACCGUGGUCACCUGCUGUAGCUCUGAAAUUCUAUGUGAUAUGUACAGUAUUUAAUGAUUUAAAUUAAGCUUAUAUUUUAUACAGUUUUUCCUUUUUUGGGUAUUUGUUUUAUUUUGUACUUUGUGCUCAUGACUGCUGUUUGUGAAGGACGUAUUACAUGGAUAAUUUUGUACUCAUCCCAGCAUCUCAUAGAUGAACACUUGCCUCAGAGACGCAUUGCGGAGGUUGAGCCUUUACAGUCCAAUACCCGUCUGUCCUACUAACUCACUUCAUAGUCUGUGUAUAUUUGUAUGAUAGAGUGAGAGACUUUAUUUUAUACAGCAAUGCUUCAGCAGUGUUUUUAGUCCUCUUUUAUGCCUCUUAGCUCUGUUGGAAAAUGCACUGGCUUGCACAUCCUCACAUCUGCUAACACAGCCAGUGAACCUUUUGGUUAGUGAGCGAAAAAGUGAUUUCUUAGACUGAAUGCCUUUGGACAUACAGCUUCUCUCACUGGCUUAUAGGUACAGCACAUCUUCAGAUAUGUGUAGUCACAUCUGUGGUGUAGCCUGUGAUUGCAAUCUUCCGUCUACUCGGCACUUUGCAUAAGGGCCACAUCACCAUUUAAAACCAACUACUAAGUGAUGUGCUAACAGAGCUACGAAGACAUACUGCUGCCGCUUAAAGGAAAAUAUUGUAUAUUUUGUCAGCUGACAAAUGGGUGGUGUCUCUUUUUGCCAAUAUAUUCUUCAGACAUUUAAGAGAGAUUAGCACUUUCAUUUUAAGACCUGCGUUUUCUUUUUUUUGGGGGUAAAUGAAAUGUUUUGUCAAAGGUCAUUUGGCAGAUACAAAAAAUAUAUAAUGUACCAUUCAAGCUGUAUAGCUUAUGAAUUUUCAUUUGCAUUUUUCAUCUACCAUGGGGUAGUAAAAGAUUGCUUUGUCAAUUGUUUUCUACACAUUCAUGUAGCUUCUCUUGAAAAGAAAAACAUGGGUCCACAAAUAAUUAAUUUCUUCUUUACAGUGGAACAAUUUGUCUUCAGCUUUGAGGCUUCUUGUGUCAUUUAUCUGAUGAUGUGCAGUUUGGGUCAAACCGAAUAACAGCCAAGUCAAUUUAUUUCUAUAACCAGUCAUGACCUCACUGUAUAGAUGGCAUUUCCAUGUUGCAAUUUCCAUUGAUGUGUGAAGUUUACUGAUCCGUUUUCUUGUCUAUUACUGAUCAACCGCUAUACAGCUAUACAUUGGGUAAUUGUUUCAGGCCUUAAUAGAUCUUUUCGGUCAUUUAAAAGCAACAACUAUUUAUACCCCUGUGCAGGGACCUCUUUGAAAUAUGUUACAUGUAAAAAAAAUAAUAAUAAUUGAUGUCUUUAAAAAUGUGAAA